AUGCAUCUUCAGGGGCAGGGGACUGACUGCCUGUCUGGUCUGGGCUGGGCUGGGCUGUUGGUGUUUGCUAGCCUCUAUCGAGAUGCUGCAUGCAAUGAAUGGGAUGCAGGAAGAGUGCCAGGAUUAGCGGGCGAGGGCCUCAAUGGCGUCAUUGAGCAUACAGGAAACACGGGCCUUAAAAACAAAAUGACAGUAUAUGUUAUGCUCAGCAACCAUGAGUGGUAUCUCCUCCGAAUCCCUCCACGUCAAAAAGGAAAAAUCGAGAUCCAUGAUGUUCAGAAAACCAUUUGCCAUACCAAGUAA